AUGGAGAACUACACCUACAACAGUCCUACACUCCAGCUGGAGGGCUUGAAGGUCAAAGAUGAUUCAGUACGCCUUGUCUUUUUCCUGUUUCUGUUUUCCUACAUAAUUUUUAUGGUCAUGAAUCUGGGUAUUUUAACAAUCAUUUGCAUUGAAAAGAGCCUUCAUCAGCCCAUGUAUGUGCUGUUUUGUAACCUGACCAUCAGUGAUAUUAUAGGAAGUACUCACAUUUUACCCCGUCUCCUGUCAGACAUGUUACUGCCCCCUUCUGAGCGUCUCAUCAGUUAUUAUGAAUGCGUGAUUCAAGCUUUUAUAACACACAUGUUCGGCACCACUUCACACACUGUACUGAUGGUUAUGGCAUUUGACAGAUAUGUGGCCAUCUGUCAACCUCUGUACUACAGCACAAUAAUGACCGGCAGAAUGAUUGUAAAGCUGAUAGUGUUUUCCUGGGUGGUACCCUUUGUUUUUGUUGUGAUUCUGCUGGGCCUGACUGUAAGGCUGAACCGAUGCCGGACUCUCAUCACCAACCCUUUCUGUGACAAUGCCUCACUAUUUAAGCUCUCCUGUGAGAGUGUGGUUAUUAAUAACAUCUUUGGUCUGUCUUUCACUGUGCUGCUGUUUGUAUCGUCUAUUGGCUGCAUGGUUCUCACCUAUGGUAAGAUCACGGCAGUCUGUUUGGCUACUAAGAACAAAACACUGAACAGUAAAGCGAUGAAGACCUGCAGCACUCAUCUGGUUGUGUAUCUCAUUAUGUCACUAAGUGGCAUUACGAUUAUUGUUCUCCAUCGGUUCCCUCAAUAUUCAGACUACAGAAAACUCUCUGCCAUUCUGUUCGUUAUUGUGCCAGGCAGCCUGAACCCUAUUAUUUAUGGUUUACAGUCCAAAGAAAUAAGAAGUUUCUUAUACAAACUAUUUCUUUCUUGA